UCUAUCCACAAUCAUAACAACCCGACGACCUACAUCGGUAGAGAUCAGUCAACAGCAUAUAACAGGUGGAAGGUGUUUUAAACAGCGAUAGUGGUGACUUUGCGACUACUCAAGGGCGUGGAAUAGCGACAAAGCAACCCGACGAUUGAGUGCGGACCGUUCCUACUAGCUGGGUGGCCGGGGAACCAAGCAGCGAACCAAAAUAUUGAUACGAAAGUCAAUUAUCACAACGACGCGAACUACGAUCGCAUUGCGCACAACGAAAUUAUCUUCCAUUCUUGGACCUCUAGUUGAUUUCGAUAAUUACAGUGGUUUGGCAGAGGCAUUAGGUCUCUAGCUGCUCUAUUCGGAAGACUUCCCAACAGCUCCUCUAGUCCAUAGUCGUUUGCUUUUUCUUUCACGGCAAUCAUCAUGGGGAUCAACGGCGACCCAAGUUAUGGCUCUUCUAAAUCUCAUGCGAAUAUCAGAAAGACCCACCAUUCUUUAAAUACCCCACCAAUAUCGACACCACCCCGCUCGUCAACCCCUCCUACCACAACAAGCAAAAGGAUGACAGAAAGGAAAGCGCAGGAAGAGAACGCAAACUCGUCAAGAAAUACAAGUAGAACAUAUCGUUCAGCAGCCGAUGCGAUCGAUUCGAAUGCGCUGAGUAAAGCUCUAAUGAGAGAAUUUGAGGAUCCUGGUGGCAGACAUCGCGAUAUUACACCUGGGGGUAGUCCCAGCAGGAAGCGACAACGAGUGUAUGGCGACAGGUAAGAAAUAUGUUUCUUUGUACGCAGCAUACGUAUUCCUGGAGCCUUCGGAUGUAGGAAGUUCCAAAAACGCUUUUGCUGCAAAAGUUUCAAUCUUUGUUGGUUGAUACUUUCAAAAACAACUCCACUGAGAUUGAAAAGUUUCCAAUGUCAAAGCUGAACAUACACCGAAAUUAGUAUUGGAGAUUGCUUUAUUAGAUGGUGUACUGAUGCUUCAUGUCUAGAUUCAUUCCAAAUCGAGAAGGACAAGAUUUGCAAGCCAGCUUCAGUUUGCUGCAUGAUGAGGGAUCUCCGGCAACACCUUCCAAACAAAAGAAGCGUACCCCGCAUGGCGAGCUCCAUUUUCAGAGAAGUAAGUCAAGGUGAAUAUCUCUUCUCGAACAGGUAUCUAAUCUUAUUACCAGCGGAAGAAGCCAAUAGGACAUUCUCUACCUUGCUUAGGUCCGAGCUCUUUGAUACCACAAUCCCACAGCCCACACCUACCAGCUUAUCACCUGAUUCGCAUAAUACAACUAUCAACGACCCUACUAGAUCUCACACGCCACCUCAUAUUUCACCUGCCGUUUCAGCACUACCCGCGUCUCUUACUCCUUCCACUCCACAUAAGAAUCUCUUUACGUAUAUGUCCCCGCGACAUCAUACCAAUAUUGCCGGUCACCCCACUCCAUCACGGACACCUCAAAGUAGACAUGGAAUCAAUCUUGAUGUCCGGUCCGAGCUCUAUAGUGUCUCUCCUGUACGAUUCAACAGCCAGCAAAUGCUAAUGAGUCCACGCAAGCAACCUCGAGUUGUGAGCAAGGUACCGUAUAAAGUAUUGGAUGCUCCUGAUUUAGCUGAUGAUUUCUACCUGAACCUUGUGGAUUGGGGAAGUAGCAACGUUCUUGGAGUAGGCCUUGGAUCUUGCGUGUACAUGUGGAAUUCGCAAACUGGACGAGUCAACAAGCUUUGUGAGUUAAAUGAUGAUACAGUCACAAGUGUCUCCUGGAUUCAGCGUGGUUCUCAUAUCGCCAUUGGUACUGGAAAGGGAUUUGUUCAGAUUUGGGAUGCAGAGCGAGUACGACGUCUAAGGACAAUGACGGGUCAUACAGCCCGAGUUGGUUCACUUGCUUGGAACGAUCAUAUUCUCACUUCGGGUUCUAGAGACCGCCUUAUCUACCACAGAGAUGUACGAGCGCCAGACCAAUGGUUGAGAAAAUUAGUUGGGCAUAAGCAAGAAGUUUGCGGUCUUCGUUGGAACUGCGAUGAUCAACAGCUCGCAUCAGGUGGAAACGACAACAAACUUAUGGUUUGGGAUAAGCUAUCUGAUACUCCACUUUACAAAUUUAGUGACCAUACUGCUGCUGUCAAAGCUAUUGCUUGGUCUCCUCAUCAAAGUGGUCUACUGGCAUCUGGAGGUGGUACCGCAGAUCGUCGUAUCAUAUUCCAUGACACUAAGCGUGGUAACAAACUCAAUGAGGUUGAUACAGGCUCUCAAGUAUGCAACCUUGCAUGGUCGAAAAACUCGAAUGAAAUCGUAUCUACCCAUGGUUAUUCUCAAAAUCAAAUUGUGGUUUGGAAAUACCCGAGCAUGCAACAAGUUGUUAGUCUCACAGGCCACACAUACAGAGUGCUAUACCUGGCCAUGAGUCCUGACGGCAGAGUUGUAGUAACCGGUGCAGGCGAUGAGACUUUGAGGUUUUGGAAUGUGUUUGGUAGAAAACCAGGACAAAGGGAUGAUUGUGAUGCUGGUGGAGGGAAACUUGCGGACUGGGGGAUCAUCAGAUGAUAUCUCACGAUUAUUCGCUACAUUUACAAUCUUUGAUGGAAAGAUAGGGUAUGAACGGCGAUACGGUGGUUCUGUGGUGAAAAAUUAGCGAAGUUAAUGGUGGGAUGGUUACUCAUUUGCAUUAGUGGCGUUACGGCACAACUGGCGAUAUCUAUGCUAUCUGACAUGAUGGCUUAGUUGGCACGGUGUUGCUUGGCAUGCAAUGGCUGGGAUUGGGUUUAUUUACAUGGAAUGGGAGCUGGGAGCGAGCUUUAUGAAUAGGUGCCCAAGGAGUUAUUACAUGCCCUCUGUGCAUUGCUUUUACUUUUUGUGAUAUUAGUUUAAUUUUUUCAGAAGGACUCAGAUGCUGGUGUAUGGUGCUAUAUUUGUUCAUCUCUUAGAGAAGACACGGAUACAAGUAAAGUUAACUGGCUGGGUAAAUUGGCUGGUUUUCAGUUAGCUAAAAGUGAUAUUGUUGUACACAAUACUAUGAUGAUUAUGAUUAUG